AUGGCAGGUUGCCGUCAAGUGUUCGGAUUUCAGUAUACUGGCAAGUGGUCCUGUUACAACGACAGUCUUGGCUACAACGACAGUCUUGGUGACAACAACAGCGUAGGUUACAACGACAGCCUUGGUUACAACGACAACCUUGGUUACAACGACAGCCUUGGUUACAACGACAACCUUGGUUACAACGACAACCUUGGCUACAACGACAGUCUUGGUGACAACAACAGCGUAGGUUACAUCGACAGCCUUGGUUACAACGACAACCUUGGUUACAACGACAGCCUUGGUUACAACGACAGCCUUGGUGACAACGACAGCCUUGGUGACAACGACAGCCUUGAUGACAACGACAGUCUUGGUUACAACGACAGCCUUGAUGACAACGACAGCCUUGAUGACAACGACAGCCUUGGUUACAACGACAGCCUUGAUGACAACGACAGCCUUGGUUACAACGACAGCCUUGAUGACAACGACAGUCUUGGUUACAACGACAGCCUUGAUGACAACGACAGCCUUGGUGACAACGACAGCCUUGGUGACAACGACAGCCUUGGUGACAACGACAGCCUUGGUGACAACGACAGCCUUGGUUACAACGACAGCCUUGGUGACAACGACAGCCUUGGUGACAACGACAACCUUGGUGACAACGACAGCCUUGGUUACAACGACAACCUUGUCUCCUACGCUAAAGGCAUGUUGAUAUUGGUGAAUCAACAUUAUGGCGUGAAUCACAUCCACUGA